AUGCAAUCAUUAAAAAUUCUAUAUCUUCAUAUAUAUGAAAAUGCUAAAACGAAAAAAAUCAGAAAGAUGCUAGAGAAAAUUUAUGGGAAGGAUAAUGUAUUAUCUUCUAAAAAUAAAUCAAGGACACUAGAUGUUUUAAUUUUAAUUUUCGUAUAUAUUUUAUGUAUAUUUUGUAUAAGUAUUUCAUUUUACUUUUUAUAUGCAUCAAAAAUGUAUAUGUUAGUUAUUCCAUGUAUUUUUAUUAUGAUUAUGAUUUUUUUAAUUGGAUCAAUAGUAAUUUAUGAAGUUGUAUAUCAAAGAAGCUUAGUUGAAGCUAACCUUUUAUUUAAAAAAUUUAAACCUAAUGUAAUUGUUGCUUUUCAGUUUGGAUGCAUUUUAGCUAUGAAUCUUGAUCCUCCACAAGUUCCAAUGCUGUUAAUAUCCCCAGUUCAAGAAAAUUUAUUUUCAACUAAAAUGAGAAAGAAAAUAAAUAUAAAAGAUUAUCCAUAUAUAAUAUUUGUUCAUUCAACAAAUGAUAAAAAACGCAGUUUGAAUAAAACUUUAGAAUUAGUUAAAUCAGUAGAUAAACAAAAAUAUAGAGUUGAAAUAGUAGAUGGGGGUUAUAACUUAGAAUUAUUAAGCGCUUCAGAUUAUAAAGGUUGGAUAGAUGAAAUUUAUGCAGAGGAAAGGGUAAAUGCAAAAUUAAUAUCGGAAAAUAUUAGUGACACUGAUGAUGGCUCUUUUAAAAAUUAUAUAUAG